AUGGAAAUCUCUCAUUUCUCAAAACAGUCACGUAUCAUUACAAGCCCUAGCUUCUUUCCUCACUUUUCACGUAUACCCCUUGUCCUAGAAUCUUUCCAGGGAACUACAGUCAUUGCCAUGUCGUGGUACGAGACUGGCAGAAAGUCCGGCUACAACGAGGGCUUCUACGCUGGCAGGGAAGCGGCGCUGAAGGAGCUCAAAAACCAGGAAGGAAUCGAUCAGACCAAGCGGGCCUGCUUGGACGAGCUGCUGCAGCGGGAUCCAGAGAACAUCUACUACUCUUCGAACGUUCUUCGCAACUUUCUUGCUGAUUUCUAUCAAGCCGACUAUGACCGUGAUGGACAUAUUACCCUGCAAGAACUAUGCGAACGCUGGAGACCUAAUGAUGAGGAAACUUACAGGAAGCUUGAAGCCAGGUUUAAUGAAGCGGAGGUGACUGGUGACCAGAAGUUAACCCUUGCUGAGUUCUUUAUCAUCGGCUUUCUUGGAGACGACCGCAAAAAUGGCUACAAGUCUGCCAAGAAGGUCGACUCCUAA